GUCCUUGGUGCUCAAACUAAACGCCAGUCUACACUAGGGGUAUUUUGUUCAGAGGAUAAUGUUACAGAUAGCCUACUUCAAUUUGAAGUUCAAGAAUAUGCAAUUAAAAUGGAUGAGCUGAGGACAAAAAUCACUCAGCUAGAAACUGAAAUCGAAGUAAGUAAAGAAGAGCUUAAAAAUGAGAAGAACCUUAAAAAAGAAACUGAAAUUCAAUUGAAGCAAUUGGAGCAACAAGUGAAAAGCAAAGAAGCUUUUAUAAAUGAAAUAACUUUGGAAAAAGAAGAACUGAAAGAUUCUCUUAUGAAAGAGAAG